CCUUCUCUCACGCUCUCCUUCCUUCGGCCUUACCACGACCACCACCACCAAACGCCACCAAGCAGCUCGCAUUCAAUCGCUGCUGUCUUGUUUCCUCUUCUUCUCUCAUGCUCUAUCCCACCUCGAGACUUUUACUCUCAUCGAGGCUUCUCAUCAACUCUUUCAACUCCUCCCCCAUCACUCACAUCGCUUCUCCCGCGCUCCCUCGCUCGCUCACACGCACUCGUCCUCUUACCUCUCUCCGUGCUCUCUCAACCGUACCUGCGCGUCCAACCGCCCCGGUCCCCCGUCACUCUUCCCUCGCUCGUCGCACCGCCUGCUUCUGCUGCUCCCUCUCUGCCCGCAUGUCCGACGGCAUCUCCGGCGGCGUCGCCGCAUCAACGGCCAAGCCGGCCGACUACCGUCUGCCGACUGAUGUUGCCCCGACGCACUAUGAGGUCGCGAUCUUGACCGACCUUGCGCGCGAGAAGUUCUCCGGCGAAGCUCUUAUCCACCUCGACGUGAAGCAGGACACGUCUAACCUCGUCUUCAACAUUCACCCCGACCUCAAGGUUACGCAUGUUGCCGUCGGCAGCACCGAAGCCAAGGCCUCUGCUGCCAUCAACAUUUCCACGUCCAAUCUGUCCAUCGACAAGGACCAGGAGCGCGGCACGCUGUCUCUCAAGGAUCUGCCUGGGGGCAGUGUGAAGGCUGGCACAAAGGCGCGUCUGUUCGUUCGUUGGGAGGCCGAGCUCGGCGACAACAUGGUUGGUUACUACCGCUCGGAGGCUGAGGCGGAUGAGAAUGGCAAGAAGCAGACCUACGCUCUUACCCAGUUUGAGCCCACCGCGUGUCGCCGCGCCUUCCCUUCAUGGGACGAGCCGCUGCUGAAGGCCAAGUUUACCCUCAGCAUGAUUGCGCCAGAGAAGGAGACAGUGCUCGCCAACAUGCCCGUGGCAUCGACCAAGCCAUGGAAGCCCGCGUCCAACGUCAGCGCCGAGCAGGUCCUCAACGACAACUAUGAGCUCGGAUCUCUCCUCACGCGCUCGUAUGCCCAGGGCAAGACUGAAGGCAAGACCGAGGGCAAGACUGAGCACGACAGCGCUGCCGCUGCCAAGACUGAGGGCAAGACUGAGCACGGAAAGACCGAAGGCAAGACCGAGCGCGGCAAGACCGAGGGUGCUGCAGCUCCCAAGAUGGAGGGAAAGACUGAGGGCAAAACGGAGGGCAAAACCGAAGGCAAGACUGAGGGCAAGACUGAGGGCAAAACUGAGGGCAAGACCGAAGCCUCGACGUCGUCGAGUAACUGGACUAUCACCAAGUUCGAGACCACCCCUCUUGUGUCCACCUACCUCGUCGCGUUUGCCUGCGGCGAGUUUGCUUCGCUCGAGAGCGAGCACAAGUCCAAGCUCACCGGCAAGACCGUGCCUCUCAAAAUCUAUGCUACACCCAACGUGAUCAAGCAGGCCCAAUUCGGUCUCGACAUCAAGAAAUGGGCGCUCCCCGUCUACGAGGAGAUCUUCGAUAUUGCCUACCCUCUCCCUAAGCUUGACACCCUCGUCGCCCACGACUUCGACGCUGGUGCCAUGGAGAACUGGGGCCUCAUUACCGGCCGCACUACCGCUUACCUCUAUGACCCCGAGAAGUCGUCCCUUUCAGCCAAGAAACGCGUGGCCACCGUCCAGUGCCACGAGCUCGCCCAUAUGUGGUUUGGCGACAUCGUGACCAUGAAGUGGUGGGACAACCUUUGGCUUAACGAGGCGUUCGCCACUCUGAUGGGUGAACUGGUCAUCCCCGACCGCAUUUGGCCCGAAUGGAAGGUCCGCGCCGAGUUCCUCAACUCUCACCUGAACUCUGCGCUCGCUCUCGACUCGCAGCGGUCAUCUCACCCAAUCGAGGUUGAGUGCCCCGACGCUAACAAGAUCAACCAGAUCUUCGACUCGAUCUCGUACUCGAAGGGUGCUUCAGUGCUGCGCAUGUGCAUGAGUGUCGUAGGCGAAGAGAAGUUCCUUAAAGGUGUCUCCAUCUACCUCAAGAAGCACUUGUACGGUAACGCUGAGACCAAGGACCUUUGGGCCGGCAUCUCCGAGGCAUCGGGCCUCGAUGUUGCGAAAAUCAUGGCCAAUUGGACCUUAAAGAUUGGCUUCCCCGUCCUCACUGUCGAGGAGCAGGGCGAUGGCAAGAUCAAGGUUACUCAAAAUCGCUUCCUCUCGACUGGAGACGUCAAGCCUGAGGAGGACGAGACCAUCUGGUGGACACCCCUCGAGCUCAAGACAUUCAAGAACGGCAAGGCUGAGAUCGACCACACGGCAGUCCUUGAUGCCCGCUCUGGUACUUAUGAUCUCAAGGGCUCUGACGAGUUCAAGCUCAACGGCGACACUGUCGGCGUCUACCGCGUCAACUACUCGCCGGAACGUCUCUCCAAGCUGGGCAAGCAGGCGGCCAACUUCUCGGUCGAGGACCGUGUCGGUCUCAUUUCGGACGCGGCUACCCUUGCCCGCGCUGGCUACGGCAAGACUUCGGGUUCGCUCAAUCUCAUCAACGAGCUCGUCGCCUUCGAGACUGAGAAUCUUCCCCUCGCGCAGAUCGGUGGUGCUCUGGGCAGGAUUGGCCAAGUCUGGUGGGAGCAGCCGGAAGACGUGCGGAAGGCAAUCAAGGCGCUGCGCAGGAAGGUGUUCAAGCCCGUCGUCGACCGCCUUGGUUACGAGCACGGCAAGGAUGAUUCGCCCGACACCAAGGAGCUCCGCGCCCUCGCCGUUGGCACGUGCGCAGUUGCCGAGGACGCCGAAGUGCUUGCAGAGCUCAAGGCCCGCUUUGAGCCAUUCCUGAAGAACAACGAUGACUCGAAAAUCCCGGCUGAUCUCCAGAGGGCCAUCUUCGAGAGCGCGGUCCGCCAUGGCGGCGAGGCAGAGUACAACAAGAUCCGCGCCGUGUACGACAAGCCGCCCAACCCGUCGACUCAGGUUGACGCCAUGUGGGCUCUGUGCUCGGCCAAGGACAAGGCGCUUCUGGACCGGACAUUCACCAUGCUUAAUGAUGGCUCGAUCAAGCUGCAGAACAUCUACAUCUUCUACGCCGCACUUGCCUCUAACCCCGAGACUCGUCACCGCAUUGCCGAUUACUUCAUGGACAACUUCAAGUCUCUUGACGAGAAGUUCAAUGCCUCGUUCGGCUUGUCGCACCUCAUCAAGUUCUCGCUCCAGUACCUCACGACUAAGGACGACUUGGCAAAAAUCCAGACAUUCUUCAAGGACAAGGACACGCGGCGCUUCAAGCUCACCAUUGAGCAGGUGUACGACUCUAUCCAGGCAAGCAUCAACUGGCUCGAGCGCGACCAGGAGGAUGUCAACCAGUGGCUCAAGACGAACAAGUUCCUGUAACGGGGCGAGGAUGUCAGGGGCCGAUGAAGUUGAAGGACAAAAAGGAAGCAGACGGAUGCAGUUGGGUCACAACCCGAA